GGAUACAGGAGACACACACAUAUAUCCGCAGCCACUGAACCGUCGCAGUAACGACACGACAACGCAGAGGAGUGAUACGGCCACAGACGGAGAUGCCGAUGGAGUGCCUGGAGUAGUGUUGUUCACGAGUUAUCGGCUGUUGUUUGUGAGUCGCGAUAACCCGUCAAUGAUGGGCAUUGCCAUGAGCGCCAAGUGA